UCAUUUCCAUUCGGAACACAGCCUAGAUAAAGAGAGAGGAAGAAAAGAAGCAAGAACAGAAGGAAAGAAGAGCGGAAGGGAGAGAUCACUGUUGUUGAUUGUUGCUCGAGGUGGCGACUGCAAACCCAGAAGGGGAGACGCGGAGCAGCAGGCUCCAUUCAUUUCUAUCGUCACUUUUCUCGAACCUUGGAGGAGUUUUUGGGCAGAAUCAAGAAGCGGAGAUGGCAUCUAGACCAAUUGUUCCACAGCAGCCCAGAGGUGGGGCAGUCAUUGAUGCAGCCAAGCAGAAGAAUGGCGCUCUGGAAGGAAAGAACCGUCGAGCACUGGGAGAUAUUGGGAAUCUAGUCACCGUUCGAGGUGUCGAAGGGAAGCCCCAGCAGCAGUUCUCUCGCCCUGCAACAAGGAGCUUCUGUGCGCAGCUACUCGCCAAUGCACAGACUAAUGCACGAGUUGCAGUAGAGAAUAACAAGAGACAAGUUGCAGUAGUUGUCGACGAAACUAUAGUUGUUGAUGCUGAUGCGGUGGGAAAGGGAAAUCCAGCACCAAAAGUAGCUCCAAAAAGGGUCACUGUUAAGCCAAAACCUCAGGAAGUAAUCGAGAUAAGCCCAGAUACAGAAGAGGUGACCAAAGAGAAGCCUCCUGUAAAUCAGAGAAGGCCAAGGGAAGGAUCGUCCAGGAAGAAAGUUCAGACCCUCACUUCAAUCCUUACUGCUCGUAGCAAGGUGGCUUGUGGUUUGACCGAUAAACCGAAAGAUCCAAUUGUCGACAUUGAUGCAGCAGAUGUCAAUGAUCAGUUGGCAGUAGUCGAGUAUGUUGAAGACAUCUACCAAUUCUACAAGCUUACAGAGAGCGAGAGCCUUGUUCGUGACUACAUGGAUUCACAGCCAGACAUCAACGAGAAGAUGAGAGCAAUUCUUGUGGAUUGGUUAAUCGAAGUCCACCACAAGUUUGAACUUAUGCCUGAAACACUCUAUCUUACCAUCCUCAUUGUCGAUCGGUUCCUUUCCAUGAAGCUUGUUCCAAGAAAAGAGUUGCAGUUGGUUGGAAUAGGUGCCAUGCUUAUAGCCAGCAAGUACGAAGAGAUUUGGGCUCCAGAGGUCAAUGACUUUGUCUGCAUAUCAGAUAGAGCAUACAACCGAGAACAGAUACUGGCCAUUGAGAAAGCAAUACUGGGCAAGCUUGAAUGGACCUUUACAGUCCCUACGCCCUAUGUAUUCCUUGUCCGCUUUAUCAAGGCCUCUGUUGCUGAUCAGGAGAUGAAGCAUAUGGUGUUCUUCCUUGCUGAGCUGGGUUUGAUGCAGUAUGCCACCACAAAGUACUGUCCAUCGAUGAUUGCAGCCUCUGCAGUGUAUGCUGCUCGGUGCACCCUGAACAAAUUGCCUCUGUGGAGUGAAACGCUUCAACUCCACACGGGUUACUCAGAAGCACAGCUUAUGGACUGUGCUAAGCUGUUGGUUAGCUUCCACUCAGUGGCAGCAGAGAGCAAGCUGAAGGUGGUAUACAAGAAAUACUCCAACCCAGAACGCAAAGCUGUUGCUCUGCUCCCUGCGGCCAAAACUCUUUUGAUUCCAUCAUCAUCAUCAUCUGCAGUAUUGAAGAGCACAUGAGCUGCACUACGAAACUUCACAAGAUUGAUCAUUGCACUUCGAUGAUCCGUAGCUAUCCAAUGUUUUUGGUUUUUUUCAUUCUUUUGUUUUUUCAUUUUUAUGGAGCAGUCACUGUUUGUGAUUAUCAAGUCACUGUGUGUAGCCUCAGCACUUGGUUUAUUUUGUAAAGGCUGGGAAGAAAUAUUGAAGAACCGGAAGUUCUUUUUUGGUCAUUCCGUUUUA